AUGGCCAAGCUCAACGUCCCGCGACCCCCAACAUCCACUGAGUUCGCGCUUGGUUCCGGCUCGGUGGUUCAGUCCGAGGAGAAUGAUAGUAUUCUCACACCAGGAGGUAGCAAGACGUCCGUGUAUCUUGAUCUCGAUAACAGCUUCGGGGUGAUGGCUGAUGGGUUCGACAUCUACUCUGACUGCAUGGCCUUUGUCUUCAACGAUGGACGAAGAGCACCAGGCAUGUGCCUGCCGGAGAACUGUCCAUGGGUGCCUACGUCGCCUGUCGCGAGUUGGAGACGGCGGUUAUCAGAGUGGAGGGCGAAACAGCAUCACCGACUACAUUACCCCGAGAACAGUGUCGUUGCUCAUGCCACACUGGGAUACGGAGAGUCCUUCGUAUACCUGAACCUCCUCUAUUACCAAAGAGAAUACUUCCCCUUUCUUCCAGCACUCGAAGAUCCGCCGAAAGGUCCUAUUGACCCACCUCUGUUGGAGGAUGAGGCGCCUCCCGGCUACUGGGACGAAAGCGCCCGCGAGUUCUUUGGCGCCGCGCAGCAUUUGGGUAGCAUCCUUCAAGAAGCCUCAGACUGCGGAGUGGCAGUCAUGACCCCGUUUGCGGGAUUCUGCGCAUUCUCCUCGUGCUUUGUCAACCUCUAUGGUUUCACUUUCCCUCGCAUCACCCUGGGCUACGCACCAAGGGCCGAAGAGCUGAUGAACACCGGGAUUGAAUAUUUGAAAAGCUUCAGCGAAGUCUGGGAUCUGGGCGAUGGCUGGGUGAGUAAUGGUCUUCGUGACGCUAAGGGAGAUCCGAAUGCUAACGCGCCUCAGCUCAAAACAAUUCAGAGCGGAUCAUUGAUGUACAAAAGGGUGAUAUCUAACAAUCACAGAUACCGUGGUCUGUCGCGAUUCAACUUCAACGUCCUCCAUCAAUCCGUCCACGAGUUCAGAGUCGUGGAUAGAUCGGCGCAACACCUGGAAGAGAUCAACAACGCCGAGAGGAACUCGAUGGGCACGGCAGAGGGUGAUAACUCGAGCGACAAGGAACAGCAAAACCCUCCUGCGUUCAGCGCUCAGGCGUUAAUAGACCCGGAUGGCAACAUUGAUGAUCAGGGGUUAUGGCCGAAUUGGUGGUCCAUGCUGGAGGAAGUGAAUGCUGCGGAGAUAUUCACGCUGACUUAA